GGCUGAGGUGGUAAGCAGUGGAUUGUAUAGGUGGUCCAGGGGAGACUCCUAUUCACUAAGUACACUCCAUGUCCUAACAUUUUAUGACACUUAGCCGUUGGUUUUAGUCAAAGUGAAGCCGAAUCCUGCAGCGGCUUAGUUGUAGUUUCUUUUUAAAUCUCACUCCUGACGAACACGAAGUGUGUUUUAUUAGCAAUGCCUCCCAAAAGGCGCACCGCCGGGACCCCGAGCAGGGAGCAGAAGUCCGGCAGCAGGAAGAGCUCCUCUCCGGACACUAAGCACAGCAACGUUGUCACCCCAGAAAAGCAUGAAGAGAAGGAUCUUGAGUUCAUAACCCUCUGUAAGGACCUCUUGGUGACCAACUUGGUGUGUGAUAAUGCAUGGGCAAUUUGGGAGUCGGUCGCAAAGUCAGCAGAGAAUGUAAAUGGCUCAAACAAGCCACUUUGGGGAGCAUGCAUAUUCAUUUCAGCAGUGGACAUGGAAGACAUGUGCUUUACCUUUACAGAACUUCAGAAGGCGGUUGGUCUGAGUGUGAAACAGUUCUUUAACCUAGUGAGGAAGAUGGAUGAGAAUGUGGACACCAUAAGCCCUAAAGUGAACUCUGCUGUCACAAAACUUGAGAAGAAGUAUGAGGUGUCACUGGCACUCUAUCAGCGAUUUGUGAAGACAUGUGCUAAAAUCUACUCUGCGCCUGAUGAAGUUAAGAGACAAGAGAUUUUGCACAGUAGCUGGAUUAUGUUCCUUUUGGCCAAAGGAACUGUUCUGCAGAUGGAAGAUGACCUGGUGAUAGCCUUCCAGUUACUUUUGUGUGUUUUGGAGUUCUGCACCAAGCGCUGCCCGUCCACUCUUCUUCAGCCUCUGUACAAGUCAGCCAUCAGUACAACAGCCCAGAGCCCUCCAACUCGGUCCUCUAGACGUAGCAAAGCCAAGGCUCGUCCCCCUGAGGUGGACGUGCAGUUGCUUGAGACACUCUGCAAGGAAAGCGACUGUAGUGUGGAUGAGGUGAAAAAUGUGUACCAAAGCAGUUUCUGUGCCUUCUUGGAUUCCAUGAACUUGACAGGAUCACAGGAGCUUCCAACUCAGGCAUUGGUGGACACUUUCUCCAAUGAAUAUGAGAAACUAUACCACAAAAACAAGGACUUUGAUGCAAGACUCUUCUUGGUUGAUGAUGAGACACUCAGCUUAGGCAAAGUGAACACUACAACUGUGGAGAUGACCCCCAGAAAGAAUCAGUCUGGUGAAGAGAGUGUUCCCAUUCCACCACAGACCCCAAUCAGAGCUGCUAUGUAUUCGAUACAGCAGCUGAGGGGUGAACUGACCUCGGCCAGUGAUCAGCCUUCUGGCAAUCUCAUUGUUUACUUCAAGAACUGCACUGUAGACCCAUCGGAAGAGAUCACUAAGCGAGUAGAACAGCUGGGUCAGAUCUUUUGCCAGAAAUUUGCUGAAGCUGUUGGCCAGCGCUGUGAAGGCCUGGGCAAAGAGAGAUUUACACUUGGUGUCCAGCUCUAUUACAAAGUCAUGGAGUCAAUGCUGAAAUCAGAGGAGAAGAGGCUCUCUGUGCAAAAUUUCAGUAAACUCCUCAACAAUGCUACAUUCCAUACCUCGCUCCUUGCCUGUGCACUCGAGGUUGUCAUGGCAACCUAUGUUGGAAAUUCCCUGAAGAAUGGGAAUGAAAAUGGGAAUGAGACUGACCUGUGCUUCCCCUGGAUUCUGGACGUUUUCCAGCUUUAUGCUUUUGACUUCUACAAAGUGAUAGAGAGUUUUAUCAAGGCAGAGCCCACCCUAAAGCACAAUAUGAUUGAACACUUGGGCCGAUGUGAGCAGCAGAUCAUGGAGAGCAUUGCGUGGAAAGCGGAUUCUCCUCUGUUUGAGCUCCUGAGGCAGUCUCGUGAGGAGGGGCCUGGUGAACAAGCGGAGCCUCCUGCCACUCUGAACCAGCCUCUACAGCACAACCACACUGCUGCUGAUCUAUACCUAUCCCCACUGCGGCCCAGUCGUCAAGUCCUGGCUGCAGAGGUAGACACUUCAGCUGUGCCCUCGUCCCAGCCUCCUGUCCCAGGCAUCAGACAACACCGUUCCAACUCUCUGAGCCUCUUCUACAAAAAACUAUACAGAAUGGCCUACCUGCGGCUGAAAAUGCUUUUCUCACCCCUGCUGACUUCUCAUCCUGAGCUGGAGCACAUCAUAUGGACUUUACUUCAGCACACGCUCCAGAAUGAGUAUGAGCUCAUGAAAGACAGACACCUAGACCAGCUCAUGAUGUGCGCUAUGUAUGCCAUAUGCAAGGUAAAGAAUGUGGAUUUGCGCUUUAAGACGAUUGUGACCGCAUACAAAGAGCUUCCCAAUACAAACCAGGAGAUCUUCAAGCGUGUUUUGAUCAGAGAAGGCCAGUAUGACUCCAUCAUUGUCUUCUACAACCUGGUGUUUAUGCAGAAGUUGAAGACCAAUAUUCUGCAGUACUCCUCUCCUCGGCCACCUCCCCUGUCUCCUAUACCUCAUAUCCCCCGGAGCCCAUACAAAUACCCCAGCUCUCCCCUGAGAGUGCCUGGCGGGAAUGUCUACAUCUCACCUUUGAAGAGCGGCCGCAUGACUCCAUCAGUCAUGACUCCUCGAUCUAGGAUCCUUGUAUCAAUCGGCGAAUCGUUUGGGACAUCGGACAAGUUCCAAAAGAUCAAUCAGAUGGUUAGCAGCACUGAUUGGUCCCUGAAGAGGAGGCUAGAAGGAGACUCCACCCCCAAACCCCUGAAACGAUUACGCUUUGAUGUGGAUGGACAAGAUGAGGCUGAUGGGAGUAAAUCAAGUGGCGAGUCUACACUGAUCCAGAAGCUGGCAGAAAUGAGCUCAGCUCGGAGCCGCAUGCAGGAACAGAAACUGAAGGAGGAGGCUGAGAAAGAGGACCCCGAGCCCUGAUAAGUGUGUUGCAUCGUCGGAAGCGUGCAUUCAUUCUUUUCUUUUCUAUUAACAUGUUCACCAGUUUUAACUUUAUCCUAUGGGUCUCAUUUUUCAAGUUACUUGAAGUAUCUAAAGAUACGUUUCAGAACACCAGAGAGAGUGAAUACUAGUUAGCCCAUCCACAAGCAUAUUACAAACAGAUUUGAAGAGACAGUGUCAUAGGUUUAUAAUUUUAUAGGUUUACAAUUUGGGGGUGAUUUUCAGCUUUCCCUGGACCCCCCGUUUUGUUUUGUUUUUUUUUGUUUUGAUUUUUGUUUUUGUUUUUUAAGUAAAUGGUUGCCUUUAAAGGGUGUUAUGCUGCCCGGUGACUUCUGAAGUGUUUUUUAAUUAUUAUUUUUAUUGUCAACGUUGAUUAGUUCCUUAAUGUCUCUUUUUUCUGUUCCGUGAUUCAGUCUGACUGAAAACUUCAAGCAUUAUGUGAGAGCAGUGCAUUAUCAAGGUUUAAAGAGGGACAUAAUGUGUCUCAGGAUAAAUGAUUAUUUUAAGGGUUGUUGAAGAAUUUUCUUUACAUUUUUUUAUAGCUUUUCAACAUAUUCAUGGUAAAUAUGACAUCAUCUACAAGUCUGACUACUAUAUUACACGUAUACAUAAGCCAUAAUAAGCAUAAUCAUGUAUAUGGUAAAGACAAUAUUGCUUUGUAAUGGAAGGGGAAGACAGAAAUAUCCCUUGCACUCGUUGUGUAGCAGUGGUCUAGAGUUAUUCUAAUCUUUAGGCCUCUCCAAAGUAUAGAAUACCCCAAUUGCCUUGAAAUUCUUUCUAUACUAUGGACAUUGUGGAAGCUUCUCAGAAACUGUAUUUUUGUCCUGAAACAUUGUUUGUGUGGUAGAAUUAAUGUAUUCAGUGUUGGUUUUAUGACAUGAAUGGGGAGUGUAUGUGUUUGUGUGCGGGCGCAUGUACGUGUAUUUCUUUUUAAUAUAUAACAUUUUUAAUUUGCUUCCUGGACAGAGCUUUUUGUCCUUUUUGUUAUUGAACUGUUAGUUAUUAGUAUUAAGUUUAUGUACUUCUGUCACUUUGUCAA